GCUUCAGGUUCUAUUUAUGUCUAGACCAUCAAUAAAGAAUUUUUUAUCUCUAAGUGAGGCUUCAACCAGAUCUUCGAACUUCGACAAUGUCUAGCUCAAAGUCUCUUCUCUUAUUCAUCUCCGUCUUCUUGUCUUUAAUCUUCUCACUCUCUUUACCUGUUAAUUCUGUUAUCGAAGUGGAGAAACCACCUCAACCGCUAGCUCCUGUGGGCACGCUAGCGUCUCCUCCAUCGGCACCAACGGUUAAGCCGCCUUCACCUCCAACUGCACCGCUUCCACCACCAGUUAUGCCAAAAGAUUGCCCGAAUCUAUGUGAUGUCAGAUGUGGUUCACAUAGGAGACCCAAGGUGUGUAUUAGAGCAUGCAGAACAUGUUGUCUCAGGUGCAAGUGUGUACCACCCGGCACGUAUGGAAACAGAGAAAAGUGUGGCAAGUGUUAUAUUAGUAUGACUACUCAUGGCGGUCGACCUAAGUGUCCUUGAUGAGCUUAUAUAUGUUUCGUGUAAUUUUGUAUGAUCAAGUGUUUGAUGUCACAUAUGUGUUUGCGUAUUUUGUUAUUUUCUGAGUAGUCGACCUGAGUGACCUUGAUCCGCUUAUAUAUGGUUUAUGUAACUUUGUAUGAUCAAAGACAUCACAUCUAUGUUAACGUUAUUAAUAUGUUAAA